GUCCCCUUUUAAUUUUUAUCUAUUUCACCUGAGAAUCUAUGUUCAAUAGAGGAAUGGAUGUAGGAGUUUUAUUGGCAUUAUGUUUAAAUGAAAAAAUAUUUACAUAAAUGAUAUAUACCCGUUUAUAUAAAUAACGAGACAUAUUUUUGCUUGGGGUAUAAACCGGAUCAAAUCUAAACGAAACCGGAUCAUUAUAGCAUUAAUUGUUAUAGUUUCAAUUUUGUUGCACAAUCUUGCGUAAGGAUGGUAAUUAUUGAAUAGGACCGCCACAACGCCACAAGGAUGUUAAAAAAAGACAUUUCAACGUGUAGACCAAUUUUACCUGCGUAAAUCGAUCAUUUUGUGUAGACCAAGAUAUGAGGCUCUAGCUUAGAACUGAAUCACCGGAAGAAUUUUGAUAUCAGUUUUAAAAAAUUACCAGGAAGGAUAUAUUUAAUUUUUAUUUCCAGCAAUGAAAUGAAGUUGUUUAUUUUAUCUCUACAUAUUUUUAAUCUGCUUACAGAAACAUAUUGUGUUCAUGAUGAGGCAACAACAACGCCACAGAAACCACCAUCACCGAGCCCAACACCGUCGAAUUCAACAGCUGCAACCGGUGUUAAUUCAUCUUCAAAUGAUAGCCGCACCUUAAACACUGGUGUAACAUCAAUACAAAUUCAACCGUCAACUACCGAAAUGGCGGAUCUAAUACCAACAUCUAUUUUUGACAUAUCCAAUUCUUCUUUACCAUCACCCACAGCUUUGUCUCUUCCAACUUCAUUUACAGUUUUACCUACCUCUUUGUCGAUUGAUAUCAAUAGUAGCUUGUCAUCACUCAGCACAAACAUUACAAGUUCCUCCUCAAUCAAACUAAGUACAGCCAAUAUAUCGUCAACAUCAAAAUCUAUAUCGGUAUCAACGAUAUCAACGAUUUCGAUUUCAACUACUGUGUCAGCGGUAUCGAAGUCAAUGACAGUAUCAUCGAUAUCUAAUUCUGUGAUGACAUCUGGAGUAAAAGCAACAAGUUCGCCGGUAUCAGUGUCAACAACACCGCCGUUGGUGUCGUCUUCAACAGUUAGUGCUGUCACCCCAAGCGUGGUAGUAAAUUGUACAGUCACGGGCAACUGCAAACAUAAAAAUCAAAAAACAAAAUCAAAGAGUCCAGGACCAAUCGUUAUUGUAGUGUUGGUAGUAUUGGCAGUUUUAUUCGCUGCAGUUGGAUUUGUCUGCGUUAAAAGAAGAAAAAAAUGCGGAAAAUUCGGACUUGCUCCUGCAACACGUGCUGAAUAUAAAAGAUUUACCGACGACGACGAGGAGAGAACCAACAUAAGUAUGAUGUAAAAUCAACUACCAUUAAUCCAAAAGUAGUGCUUUGUGAAAUUAUUCCGCGAUAAUUUCUGAGACAGUGUAUCCCGUCCGCUUUUAUUUUAUAAACUAGAAUAAUCAAUUCAAUCUGAUUGGCUUUAAUUGUCAAUAUCAGAUUGAAACAGUAUAUAGGCCCACUAACAAUGAGUGCUAGAGACUUCUUUAAUUGUCAAUAUCAGAUUGAAACAGUAUAUAGGCCCACUAACAAUGAGUGCUAGAGACUUCUUGGAUAAUAUUAGCCUCAUCUAAAACAAACUGUCAUAGUAUAUAUCAUAGUAUAUAUCAUAGUAAAUGUAAAUUUCACCUAUCAUAUACCCAAUUUGCACAAAUGUUGUAUCCGACUAUGGAUUUUGAGAUUAGCAUGAGGACAAUUUAGGAAUCCAUCGUUACACGAUCGUGGGUCGUUUGGAGGUCGGUUUAAAUAUCAGACAGUGGCCUUUUUAAUCCUGUAUGGAUUCAAAAUUAUAAAAAAGAAACAUACAAAAUAAACACAGAAAGCCACUUUUGUCUGUUUCUUAGAUAAAUGUAGAAUAAUGGAAAAUGUCAAAUAGGUGCAAUUUGGGUAUGCUCACGUUAGCUUCGUAUAUAGUCUUCAUCAUUCUUUGCUAGUCGUUACUUGAGUCCACGUGUUACUAUAAGCAGUGAUGGAGAACCGAAUGGAUGACACGUCUUUUCAAAAAACACAAACUUGAUUGAGGUGUUAUCUUGUGCAUAUUCGUUUUGAAUUUAGAGCCGACCUGCAGUGUAGUGAAAUUUAAAGAUGGUUGCCAUCGUAAAACUUGUAGAUUUGCGCAUAUUGAAUACUUUUGAUAUGGAUGGAAACCGCAUGCAUGAUUUGAAAAGUUAUUCCUAGACUGGAGUUAUAUAAUUUAUCAUGGAUUAGGAAAUUUCGCUUUUGGUGCAGAUUGCCACAACAGCAGACAUUAGACCAUUUGAAAAAAGUCGGCUCAAUCUUCAAAACAUAGGCAACUUAGUAUUUUUUGUAAUGGACAAGCCGUCACCAUGAAACAUAGUUGCAAAUAAUGCUAUAAUACUAACUCAUCUAUUUAGUAAGUGCAUUAUAAUCAGCGUUUUAUAUUAUUUUCAUUUGGAUCAUGAGAAAGAUGCCACUGUAGUGAUUGUGAGAAGUCAAGACAUAAGUUUUCGGUAGUGUAUAAUAUUAUGUUCAUACUUGCUCAUGUAUUACAUCAACGAAGACAUUGCUCAAGUUGAUAUAUGUAUAUAUAGUCAAACAAUACUUGUUUAUAAUUGUUAGCUAUUUGAAUUCGUUCGAUCGUCACUGAUGGAUUCAUUAGUAGAUACAACGAAUUGUAAAAAAAACCCAAAAAAACUGGCUAAUUUUUUGGCACUUAUCUCGCGAGUCUUCUAUAAAUUGACAAUGAAUAAUAAAAAUCAUUAUCUUCUGGUCCCGUCAAUAUUUGAACAGCCGGAGAUCUUAGAUUAAGAAAAAAUAACAGUGGUGAUUUUUUAAUACCAGAGUUAUCUUUCUUUUACCAAUAAAGUCUUAAAUAGAAUAGGAAAGUCAAACUGAUUAUAUUCGUUUUAGAUGUUCUACAAUGGAUACAGCAGUCUUUUCAGAAGUUCAUACGUUAGAACGGGAACAUAUACAUUAGAUAUACCAGAGACAUAUAAUACAAUUGUAUUAUAUGUCUCUGGAUAUACUGUUCCAAUGUUAGAAUAAGAUACAUUGUUCUUAUUAUUAAAAAUUCAAUGUAGUAUACUUUCUCGUAAAAGAACACUUGGAAAUGUGAAUUCAAGGAUUCUUAUAGAAUAGAUUACACAAAUGUUUGCUUAUUUUAUUAUUAGAAAAAAACUAGUUGAGUAAUGUCAAAUAGUCUAGGUGAAAUCUUAUACUGACGAUUAUAAGGUUUUGAAAAAUAACUGCAUUAUAAUAGUUUACUGAAAAUUAUUAUUUAAAGAAAGCCUAACCUUUUGUCAAACAUUUGAAAUCUGUCAGAAUUCUAAUGUUGACGUUUCUUCUUUCCAGUAUAUACAUUUAAAUUGUAAAAACAAAAACAAGAGGUCUGCUGUGGCUUUCUAUACUGUAUUAGAAUACAGUUUUUUUAGGUAAUGCACAUAUUUAUUUUUUUUUCUUGCCGGUGAUAUUGUGUAUUUUGUUAUCGAUGCUACUGUUACUAUAAAGUGUACUGAUUUUA